AAAAGAAAGAAAACAAACCAAAUAGGUUACGUUUGAAAUUACCCACCACGCACUUGACACACAUCCAUAUAUAUCCUGAUUUUUAGAAACCUUUCUUUCAUUUUCCUUUAUAUUAGUAGAAUAAAAAUAAAGUUGAAUGAAAAGGCAGACAAGGCUUAAGGUGAGUAGAUGAGAGAACGUGUAACGAAAAAUAGUUCACCAACUCUUAUUAGGAUUCGAAUUCUCUCACAACCCAUAUAAGUAUUGUAGAGAAGAUCAGAGUGAAAGCAAAACGAGGAAAAAAAACAAUGAAGGAAAAUGAAGCAAAAAGGGCAAGACUUGAUCCGGAAAAGCCUCCAGUUUGUGUUCUUGAUGCCUCAACCUAUGUGGGUUUUUGGAUUGUGAAGGGGCUAUUGAGAAGGGGAUACACUGUUCAUGCAGCUCUUCAAACGAAUGGAGACACUGAUUUAGUGAAGAAAAUGAGAGAGAUGGAGAAAGGGGAGGAGGGAUUGGUGAUGUUUGGUGUGGAUUGUUUGGAUUAUCACAGCAUUCUGACUGCGUUGAAGGGCUGUUCUGCUGUGUUCUGCUGUUUGGAUAGUCUAGAUGGUUAUGAUGAGAAAAUGGUGGAUUUUGAAGUUAGAGGAGCAAUUAAUGUAGUGGAGGCUUGUGCACAAACUGAUACCCUAGAGAAGAUUGUGUUUAGUUCUUCUUUAGCAGCAUCUAUAUGGAGAGAAGAUAUUUGUUCUGAGAAGGAUGUAGAUGAGGGUUCCUGGAGUAAUCAAGAAUUCUGCAGGAAACUUAAGUUGUGGUACGCCCUGGCAAAAACACUAUCUGAACGGGCAGCUUGGGCUCUAGCGAUGGACCGUAUGGUAAACAUGGUUUCCGUCAAUGCUGCACUAGUUCUAGGACCUGCUGUCACUCAACAGAACCCUCAAUCAACUAUGUCGUAUCUGAAAGGUGCAGCUCAAAUGUAUGAAAAUGGAGUCCUGGCCUCUGUAGAUGUGAACUUCCUUGCUGACGUUCAUAUACGAGCCUUUGAAGACACCUCAACGUGUGGGCGAUACUUUUGCUUUAAUCAGAUCGUGAAUACGGACGAAGAAGCUGUUAAACUUGCAGAAAGCCUAAGCCCUUUGAUAUGUUUACCACCUAGAUAUGAAUGCCAAGGAAGUGAGGUAUAUGCUGAGAGGUUGAGGACCAAGAAGCUUAACAAGCUUGUUGAGGGCACUGCCUGUUAGUGAAAAGAAGGGUCUCAAAUCUAUUUGUUACCUUUUUUGUUGCCCUCUAGAAUGUCAAUCAAUGUGUAUCUUGUUAUUAUUCUCUUGCAACACAACGGAUCCGGGGCUCUGCAAUGCCCAUGAUGUAUAAUUCUCGUAACAUUCUCAUCAAUAAAUUUGAAAAGUGUGUCACAUUACAUCACACUUA